AUGCAUUAUACAUGGUAUGCAAUGCAAGAUGAUCUAGACAUCAUCUUCGACAAAAAGCCCCGAGCUGACACCGACAAGACAGGCGCCGGGACAGCAGCCUCGGUGCAUGGACAAGCAGACCUCGGAAUCUGCACGCUGAACGACAUGCGAGCGAACGCGGAGAUGCUAGCAAACCUUUCCCCGCGCACACCGCUGAUCGCCGAUGCCGACACCGGCUACGGUGGGCCGAUCAUGGUAGCCCGCACAGCAGAACAAUACGCGCGGUCCGGCGUGGCGGCCUUCCACAUCGAGGACCAGGUACAGACCAAGCGGUGCGGACACCUCUUCGGCAAGCAGCUUGUCGACACGGCAACCUAUACCAGCCGCAUCCGGGCAGCUGUACAAGCGCGCGAACGUAUCAGCAGCGAUAUCGUGAUCAUUGCGCGAACAGACUCGCUUCAGCAGCAUGGCUAUGAAGAGAGCUUGGCGCGACUGCGGGCGGCGAGGGAUGCGGGCGCAGACGUUGGAUUCUUAGAGGGCAUCUCGUCCCGGGAAAUGGCUCGCCGGGUUGUGACCGACCUGGCGCCAUGGCCCUUGCUGUUAAAUAUGGUGGAACAUGGGUCCACGCCUUCGAUUUCGGCGAAGGAGGCGAAGGAGAUCGGAUUCCGUGUCAUCAUCUUCCCGUUUGUGACUCUGGGUCCGGCUCUUCUGGCAAUGCGGGAGGGACUGGAGAAAUUAAAGCGGGAUGGCUUGCCUGGUCUUGACAAGGAAUUGACGCCUCAGAUGUUGUUUAGGGUCUGCGGGCUGGAUGAUAGCCUUCAUUUGGAUGCGGCUGCUGGUGGCGUGGCGUUUGAGGGUGGCGUGGAUGAGGAUGAGAAAUGA